GCUAGGGCGGGACUUCCGGUGAAUGUUUCACAUCCGGAAGCCGCUUCCUUACUUCUCCUCUCUUGCGAGAAACGAGAGAGGGGAAACUAACGAGAUUAAGUUGACUGAAUUGGUGGGAAACUGGCAAAAAGAGCGGCUUCACGGCGACCCGAUGCGCUCCGGCCGCUCGCCUCGUCUGGCCGCGCUGGUUGUCACCGAAGAAACGGAGCGGAAAAAGGCCACAGGGGGAAGAAAUGGUCACAUUGGCAGGGGGGAAGAGGAUGGUACAAGUUGACUCUGGCAGAAUCCCACCUCACAUCCAAAAUGAAUCUCGUCCUGCCUCGGAUUUCCCCCAUCUUUGACUCUGCGCUAUGUCUUGAUAUUUUUCACAGCUACAUAGAAACUUCCAACUAGCAGAAAGCUGUGACUCCAUAUCAUCUAUCAUGCUAUUGUGAUGAGUCACAAACAGUCCCUCCCUUGUCCUUUUUGUAUUGUUCCUUGUGAGGACAUCUCUUCCUAUUCAAACCCUGUCCUGACUCUUCCUCCUGUUUGAGUUUUUGGGCCAUGCUCCGUAAGAGAGGCUCUAUCAUCCUUUGUGGCACGCUCCUGUUUGUCACCUGGAAUGCCAUACUGGUGCUGUUUCUGUGGGGGAGACCCCCGUCUGGCCAGCCGGGCGAGCCUGGCAGAGAGCAGAGGGAGCUGGAGAAAGAGCCAGCUGCUGAUAUGAUGGCAGAUAUGCUCCGCAUGGCAGACACAUUUGAAGCAGAGCUUGAAAUGCAGAAAAAGAUCCUGCUACAGAUCAAGAGUCAUCGCUCAGUGUGGGAGCUGCCCGACAAAAAAGGGCAAAAGGCCACCCCGAGUCAACCGGUCAUUCCUAUCCUGGUUAUCGCCUGUAAUAGGGUCACUGUGAAACGCUGCUUGGACAAACUGCUGGAGUACCGCCCCUCAGCAGAGCUCUACCCCAUCAUAGUCAGUCAGGACUGUGGACACGCUGAGACGGCAGAGGUGAUCGGCUCGUAUGGCAGUCGGGUAACUCACCUGAGGCAGCCGGACCUGUCUGACAUUGCGGUGCGCCCGGAGCACAGGAAGUUUCAGGGUUACUACAAAAUCUCCAGGCAUUACCACUGGGCUCUCAACCAGGUGUUCAAGACCCUGUCCCACUCCUCUGUUGUGAUUGUAGAAGAUGACCUCGAGGUGGCGCCAGACUUCUUUGAGUACUUCCGAGCCCUUUAUCCUCUCCUGAAAUCGGACCCCAGUCUGUGGUGUGCGUCAGCCUGGAAUGACAAUGGCAGGGAAAACUAUGUGGACACAGGGAAAGCCAACCUGCUCUACCGGACAGACUUCUUCCCUGGCCUGGGCUGGAUGCUGCUCAGGGAGCUGUGGGACGAGCUGGAGCCCAAGUGGCCCGCCUCGUUCUGGGACGACUGGAUGCGUCAGCCAGAGCAGCGCCGCGACCGCGCCUGCAUCCGUCCAGAGAUCUCACGAACGAUCACCUUUGGUCGGAGGGGAGUGAGCCUGGGCCAGUUUUACGACAAGUACCUGCGUUUCAUCAAACUGAAUUCUGAAUUUGUGCCUUUCACCCAGUUAGACCUGAGUUACUUGAAGGAGGAGGCGUACAGGGAAAAGUUUGAGAGGGAGGUUUACAGCGCCCCCGUGGUGAAGUAUGAGGAGGUGAAGCAGGGUCAGCUCAAAGGACCUGGGCCUUUUCGUCUACAGUACUCUAGUAAGGAUGGUUUUAAACUCAUGGCUAAAAACUUGGGGAUCAUGGAGGACCUGAAGUCCGGGGUCCCGAGGGCAGGGUACAGGGGUGUGGUCAGUUUCAUGUUAAGAGGGCAGAGAAUCUACUUGGCGCCGCCUCCAGGUUGGACCCAGUAUGACCCCACCUGGAGCUGAUGAUGCACGAGGCAGCCUCUGUGCCGUAGCCUUUUUUAUAAUCCCUGUUUCCAUUCCAGUCCAAAGAAUGAUUUGCUUAAUUUUUCUCUGUCGGUGAAUGCUAAGAUCAAUACUUAAGCCCAGUGUCCUUGAUAAUGAAGAAUGGAUUGUCCCUCUCUUUGGUGCAGGACUUAUUGCCAAUACCACUCAGGUCGUUUUUUUUUUUUUUUUUUCAUGAUUCCAAAACAUAUUUUACAAUGUAGGAUACAGCCUGAAAAAUUUCAUUAGACAGGAUUACUGUAUAUCUUAAGAGAUCUAUUUUUAUAUUAUAAUAAUUGUGCACAUGACACUCAUUAAUACAUUUCAAAGGGUAUGACCUAUUUUGUCACUUUUCUUUAAAUUAUAUGCAAUUUUGGGUUGGGGGUGGGGAGCUUAUCUGUGCUAUUGAGUUUCUUUUGUCUGGUACAAAUGUAUAUACUUAAACUGUGGUUUGUUAAUGGUGGUGAAUGUGAUCACCGAUAUUAACUGCAGUAUAAUCCAUUAAUUGAGAUCUAUUUGUCUUGGUCUUCUGUGGCAAUAAUUUUCUUUUUGGUUACUUUAUAAUUACACGAGAAUUUGUUUAACUAUACUCCAAUGAGUAGUCCUUGCAGUCUUGUCGCCAUUCAAAAUGAUUAUAAUUAUUAUUUUUUGUGUCGCUAUAUUUUUGGAAUAAAAACAACACACACAUUUA